UAUUUGCCUGUGUUGUCGUGUUCUUACAUGCUAACGAAAUCCGUGUUCCUAAAGCGGCGUGAUAUCAGGUGGUUUAGUGUCGUCGUGUGGCAAAGAUUCAGUCUGGGUAUUAUCUGCCGCCAUGGUAAGACUUAUAUACUUGCGAUUCUAAUUCAUGGCGUGGGUGAGUGAGAAGUCGUCCUUCAAUGGAAGCGCCGUCAGGCAGCAGAGGUCAACUAGCAGCCAACGAAACAGCUAACCAAUAAGAGAAUGACUAUGCCGCGCGGUGCCUGCAAAUUAGUGUUAUCUCCGAGGCGCAGACCUGAUCUAAAAGACCCAACUAUCGUCGAGAUGGUGCAGUCUGAAUGCUUGCUGGUCAGCCUGGUCUGAGUCUCCGAUACUGCAUUAUCAUCUCCUGUCCCCGUGUCAUUCUUCCAGAGCGCCAACACCUUCGUUCCUGAGUCUCAUAUACUUCCUCAUUCACCCCUCUCACAAAAUUGUACCGUCAAGUGACACGAUUGCUAUUUUUGCAAACGAUCGCUGUCUUUGUCCACCCUGUCUUUUGCACGCCGACAUGGCAGUGCUCAGACCAAGGAAUGUCAACGUCCAACUUCUCGCGUGUCUCGUUGACGAGGACGACAUAGACGACAGUGACUACCGCUUUCUCACCGACGGACAACGCGUCAGAUAUGUCACCACAGCCCCGGGGACGUUUCUUGGGGCCGAGGAUGACCGCACCUUCGAGCCCAUCUUGCUUGGGGAGCUUUUCCCACCGUUUCCAAGCGGCUCUUGGAACAAAGGCCACGUCGCCAAGGAUACCGCAACAGGAGAAACUGCCUUCGUCAAAACGGAGAUGGUUCAACUUGCCGGCGUAAAGAAUAUCUGGCACCCGGUGAAGCUGAACGAAUUCGACUUUACGCAGCAACGUCGAAUUAGGCAACGGGUCCAUGUCUCGACGCAUCCAGAGCUCAACAACGGAAAACCAGUACUUGUCAAGCUCGCUGUUUGGCCGUGGGAGAUCGCCUCGAUGGAAGUUGAGACGACCGCGUAUCAAUUAAUCGAUGGGCGCAGCAUCGGCCCCAAGUUUCUCGGGCACGUCACUGAGGGCAAUGAUGGACGGGUGGUGGGGUUCAUCACAGAGUGGGUUCAAGGUGCGAGGGCCGCAGGGUUGGAGCAUAUCGAGUGCUGCAAGAUGGCUCUGGAGCGGCUGCAUAAGCUCGACAUCAAGUUUGGCGAUAUCAACAAGCACAACUUUCUUGUACGGGAUGGGCAAGACGUAGUUUUGGUAGACUUUGAGAUGGUAAAAUUCGGGUGUUCACCUGAGGAAGUAGACGACGAGAUGGGUGCUCUCAAGCACGCUCUGCAGGACAAGAGCUCUCGGGGCGGGGCAGAACCGCAUCAAGAGCAAUAGGUCUAGGACGCUUAUACAAUCAAAGACAAGACAUAUAUAGAGUCGGUGCUUAUUAGUGCGCCUUUCUCUUUUCAGGUUCUUGUCCAUCGAGCUUAAGGUUGAUGUGUCGCCGCUUGACCAUCAAGCGACGCGCCUCGGGCGAUCAAUAACACUUUCAGCAUAAUAGGAGUAAUGCAUUUCGUAUAUCAAACAUAUCGACAAGCGCGUUGCAGAUCGCUGAGUUCCUCUGCUCUUCACAAGUAAUCCGGCCGCUUGUUGCCUCGUCGAUAAGAGAGCAAGGUUGGACAACCGCAGCUGGUGUACACCUUGCGAAAGCCCUCCGUCCAAAGAGCGUUCAAAAACCAGUCCGAUGUUCCUUGCUUAAUCUUCCCCUUGUACAUGAUUCGGAUAGUCAAGUAUUGAAUGAUUCGAACAUAUCUAAAGGGCUGCGCAUGUUCAAAAGGAUGGGCGGUGGUGACUAGGGCAAGAGAAGCGUCGGGUCUUUAAAUACACUAAGCCGCUAUCGUAAAGGCCUCUAGUUAUUUCUUAUCACGGAUUCUUAUUAGGAUUAAGCAAUUCCGAUAUACUAAUAUAUUUCAAAGUAAGCAGUUAUAUUAAAUAGGUAUGCCUUUAUUUUUAUAUAAUAAAAUAGUCUGUC